UGAUUGGCCCAUUCGCCGGCCACUCAAAACAACUUCCCCAUGACAACACAAUCAACCGUGCGGCAGCUUUGGCUGCAUCGUCAAUGUCACCGACCACCGGGAAAGAUGUUUCUCGAAGGAAUUUUGCCACUUUCCCCAAUGGCUCUAUUAAGCUGCGGCGGAAGGGCUCUAGUGUUUUCCAUCGUUGGAGUGUGUGUGAAGAGGCUGCUGAUGCCAGCAGUGUGUUCGGCAGCAAAAUGCAAACCCUGCAGGAUCCUCGGACAAAUCAUCAAAUGUCUGCUUCUUCGCUGAUGCAGCAAAUGAGGGGAAUGUCUUCCAUCGACGGCUCAAGAUUAUAAAUGCUUGGAAAUUACUUUUUUUGGUUGAUGCGAGAUGGGCCGAAAUCUCAGGAGUUUUUGACCAUUUUGGUUGAAAUAAAUAUAAUUAUUUUUAUGAUGGUCAACAGGAUAAAUGGCUCAUAUACCUUGAGUCCACCACCAGGCGUCGUCAUGAGAUAAGCCCCCCUCCUGUCCACCCUGGGUGUCCCUUCUCAGGAUGACCGCCGUAUGCCCCUCAGAGAGCAGCCCGGAGGAGGCCGUGGCAACGGGAGCCACGGUGGACAGUUCCGUUUCUGGGGUCAACACUGGGGAGUCUAACGAAGACUCUGCAGCGGGAUCCGUGGAGCCCACAGCUGGGGUCGCCCUCGGCCAGAGGUAUACGCACUGCAGCACCCAGGACAGCUGCGACAUCAACACGGAUGAUGAAGGGGCGACCAUACGCCGCCUCACUCCGCUGGAGAGGCUCAACUUGGACAUGUGCCAGGAUGAGAGGGUGGUCCGUGAAAUUACAGUGGGCAGAAGGAUCAGCUUUUACAAAAUUCGAGGAGAGAUCGGCUGUGGAAAUUUCUCUCAUGUCAAACUUGGAAUACAUGCACUCACCAAAGACAAAGUGGCCAUAAAGAUCCUGGACAAAACCAAACUGGAUCAAAAGACCCAGCGGCUGCUUUCCAGAGAAAUCUCCAGCAUGGAGAAACUCCAUCACCCCAACAUCAUACGCCUCUAUGAGGUGGUGGAGACGUUGUCACGGUUACAUCUAGUUUUGGAGUACGCGGGUGGAGGGGAACUCUACAGCAAAAUAACCACCGAAGGGAAACUUUCUGACCCGGACAGCAAAGUUGUCUUUUCUCAGAUCCUCUCUGCUGUAAAACACAUGAUGUCAAUCACGGAGGACUUAGAUAUGGAUGGAGCGGAAUUGCUUGGGUUGCUGUUUGACGACAGAGAGGAUGGAUCUUCUGAACAGCUCUUUCCUUACAGCAAUGGGCUCAUUGAUUCUUGGCUUUCCGAACAGAAUAUGCUUACAGGUUUGGACACUGAGGACUUUCUCUCCAGCUUGUUCAAGGACGAAGACAACAUGGAGACCCUCUGUCCCUCCCACUCGCCCCUGGGCAGCGACAGUGGCAUCUCAGAUGACAGCGGCGGCCGCGUGGGAAACACAACGCCAGUCGGCUGCCCGAGUCCGCAGAGCAGCGAUAUCGAUAUUUCGCACAAUACUAGCUUCUCCAAUCCCAGCCCCGAGUGCUCAGAAGCCACCCGAGUCGAUGGAGACCUGCAUGGGGAGAACCCGGAGGCAAUGAGAGUGCAGGCAGAUCACAGCUACUCCUUGCUGCAAGGUGGUUGCGGGGACCCAGAUGUACUGCAGAGUGUGAGGGCGGAGAAGCCAGACAUUGAUGUCUUUAUUGAUCUAGAUGAUUUAGUGAGCGACGCUAUGGAGGACGACGUCACCACUGAGCUGCCUUGUACGUUGUCUAUGGAGGACUCGAUGUUGGAUUCAAUGCAGUUGUACGACACAGGAGAGUUCCAGUUUAAGGAGAUCGUGCUGUCUGAGGAGGAGAAGCGCCUUUUGGCGAAAGAGGGAGCCAUGAUUCCCUCGCACAUGCCUCUCACAAAGGCCGAGGAGAGGACCCUAAAGAGGGUCAGGAGGAAGAUUCGCAACAAGCAGUCAGCUCAGGAGAGUCGCAAGAAGAAGAAGGUCUACGUUGACGGCUUGGAGAACAGGGUCGCCGUGUGCACCGCGCACAACACCGAGCUGCAGAAGAAAGUCCAUCUGCUCCAGAAGCAAAACAUAUCUUUGAUUGAGCAGCUGAAGAAACUGCAGGCUAUGGUGAAGAUGUCCACCAUGAAAGCCAGUGCCACCAGCACUUGUGUGAUGGUGUUCCUGCUCUCCUUCUGCCUCAUCAUCUUCCCCUCAGUCAACCCGUUUGGCAGCAACACGGAGAAGAAGGAGCUAUACAUACCCACCUCCGUCAUUUCCCGUAUGUUGCGCUCAGUGCCGCCAGAAAGCACAGGCGCCGUCUCCUACCUGGAAGCCGAAGAGGACGAGCCGGAUCUGUACUUGCCUCAGGCCGAGGUUGAUAACCUGGACGCCAUCUUUGCCGGUGGUAAGAAGAACCACACCCCCGACUACCAGCGAGUGGAGCAGCCCGACUCUGAAACGGCCGUCAGCGGCAACUCUUCCGCCGACUUCCCCGAUGCCUCGUCGCAGGCGGCGGAGGUAUCGCCGGGGGUGGGCGGCGGCGGCCCGGCCGGCUUAAAAGAAGUUUCUAUAGAUCCUGUAAAGGCGGCCGCUGUUACCUACGAGGUGCCGGGCGCCAAGGAGAACUGGAUAGACCGAAACCCUCCAACUGUAAUAUUACAGCAGCACCGAUCUGAUGAGAUGUAGCAUGUUAGUUGGACCCCCAGAGGGAGCCAUAUUCCAACUCUGAUUGGUACAACAGGGAAGCUAUACCAUUUGUAAAUAGAGGAAGGGAAAUUCAAACAGUCUUCUGAUGUACUACUGUUACUUUAUUUGCACUUUUUUUCAUGCUCUUUUAUUCGUAACAUUAACCUACCUAAACAGUCAGCAUGUUUUUGUGAAAACCUUCCGAUAAAGAAAAAUAACGCUUUAGGUUCCCGAAAGGGCACGUGCUUUUUGCAAUGCAUUCUGGGGCCGCCGUAGCCAUUUUUGUUGGCCAAAGCUUUCGUUUACCUGGCUGUUCUGUACCUGGGGCAAUGUGAGAGAGAGCUACAAACUGGUUUAAAAUGCCAUCCAUCCAUCCAUUUUCUACCGCUUGUCCCUUUCGGGAUCGCGGGGGUGCUGGAGCCUAUCUCAGAUGCAUUCGGGCGGAAGGUGGGGUAUACCCUGGACAAGUCGCCACCUCAUCGCAGGGCCAACACAGAUAGACAACAUUCACACUCACAUUCACACACUAGGGCCAAUUUAGUGUUGCCAAUGGUUUAAAAUGGAUUGUACAAAAUAAAAAAAAUAAGGGACUGUACCGAGACAAGCUGUGCCCUAAUCCAAAAGCUCGCUAUCGCUACCUCGAUAAAAAUAAAUAAAAUUGGUGGAAAUGCCGCCAUUGUUGAAGCCAUACUUGUCUAUAGUUCGUCAACGGAGUCAGUUUUUAUACCCGUUAAGAAUUUCAGAAUGCAAAGCCUGUUAAGGUUUAUUGCUAAGGCUCCGUUCAAAUUGUGUAUAAUUUACAGAUUUCAUCUCGUAUGUGUUUGAGAUGGCGUGAGGGAGCCCAGCCUCAUUUCAUGAGCACGUUUCCAAUUAUUAUCUUUAAAUACUUUGAUCACUGCGCUAUCCAUUCAUCCAUUUUCUAUUGCUUGCCCCUUUCGCGGUCGUGGGAUGUGCUGGAGCCUAUCUCAGCUACACCAUGGACAAGUCGCCACCUCAUCACUGCGCUACUUCUCCGAAAAUAAUACCCACCCAUUACUUUUAAAUACUUUGAUCACUGCGCUACUUUUCCAAAAAUAAUACUCCUUCAUUUUUGUGCUUGCCCACGACUAAAACAGACAAAAUGCUUUUACCUAAAAUACUGUGCGUCGUUUCCUUGGCUAAUGCGAACAGCCAAGGAAACACAAUAAACCAUGCUUUGAUUCAAACUUAGCAGUCUGAAAAUGCAGUAAACACACCGACAUGUACCAGGUGUUGGUGUUAAAAGUCAUGUUAGAUCAUCUCACAGCUAUUCGCUGUACCUUUUAUUAACUCACAAACCUUUCACACUGGAAAUGACCAAAAAUCUCACAAAACCUUUUAUUUUUUUCCUGAAGCGAUCAUGUCAACAAUCGUGGCAGUUUAUGAUGGCGCACGUUCACGCCAUGGUUUGAACUUGUUAAGGAAAAUAACAAAACUUUAGCAUAUAGUCUUGCAUUCAGCCAUGUAAAUAAGCUAUUGAGAGGCCAGCAAGACCCACAAUGCAUUGUGUUUACUACGUCUCACUUUUAAAGCCCUAUUUUCAAUAAGACACACCCAAAGCUGUUCACCAGUAAAUUAGCUGUUGCUUGAUAGAAGAAUAGGCUGUUUGAUCAAUGUCAUUAUUGAUGCUCCGUAAAGCCAUUGCAGGACAUUUGGCCAUGUAGAUGAUUGGCUCCUCUUGUAACAAGAGGGCCUUUGUGUACUUUAGCAAAUGUGUCAUUGUUUUCCCCUUGAUUUGAUUAAGAUAAGGAACAUUUUUAAAUAUAUUAUUCUGAACUACCUUCUCACAUUUUUAUGCUGUUUCUUUUGGCUGCUCAAAAAAAAAGUGGUGCGGUAAACUAUAUCCAAAAAUGUAAUGACCUGUGUUGCCAGUGAGACAUUUUUUUUAGUAUAUCUUCUAACGUUACUGUCAAUUGUAAAGACAUGUAAGUCAUGUGAGAUUAUACAUGGAAAUAGGCACUGAUUUGUGAGGAAUAGGAUGUAAAUAAGAUCAUGAUUGUAGCCUUUUCUGUACAUUUGACCUCUUUAUGUAUGUACAAGAUGUGAUGGGACAUCUAUGAUAAUAAAUUUUUUAUUUACAA